AAUAUUAAAAUUUCAUCCGUAAGAUGAAUGAAUCGCGUAGUGGUUUGCUUUUGGAAUGGAAAAACCUUGAUUAUUAUGUACCAGCAAAUGAACAAAGUAAUUAUAGUUUUUGGCAGGAAUGCCAAAAAUUAAGGGAGAUACGCAUCCUAAAGAACGUAAGCGGUCAUAUUAGAACUGGAGAUCUAAUUGCUGUACUGGGUUGCAGUGGUGCUGGCAAAACCACAUUGCUCGCUGCUAUUUCACAGCGUUUACGCGGUAACCUAAGCGGCGAUAUUGUGCUGAACGGCGUCGCAGUGGCGCGCAAUGAUAUGACGCGCAUCUCAAGUUUUUUGCCACAAUUUGAAAUCAAUGUUAAAACCUUUACCGCAUACGAGCACUUGUAUUUUAUGUCACAUUUUAAAAUGCAUAGAAAAACAACAAAAUCUCAAAAACGUCAACGGGUUAAUGACCUACUUUUAGCAGUAGGACUGCGAGAUGCUGCGAACACCCGCAUACAGCAGCUAUCGGGUGGCGAGCGAAAGCGAUUAAGUUUGGCUGAGGAGCUAAUUAUAGAUCCACCUUUCCUGUUUUGUGACGAACCAACAACUGGUUUAGACAGUUAUAGUGCCUAUACAGUAGUAAAAACUUUACGUCAUCUAUGUACUCGUCAUCGUGUUGUUAAGAGUUCCCUUACCUCACUCUAUGGUGAAGAUUCGUUUAGCACGCCCAGCGAUAUAAGUAGUCGUAGUUCAAUUGAAAUGGAAGUUUUUAAAUCGAAUGAAAAUUUAUUUGAAUCUCUAAAGGAGCUGCCUUCGUUAAGUGUAUUCAAUAACAGUCCGAAUGGUAGACAAAAGAAAGCUAUUAUCUGUUCUAUACAUCAGCCAACUUCGGAUAUAUUUGAGCUGUUCACACACAUCAUACUAAUGGAUGCAGGUCGGAUCAUAUAUCAGGGCAGUACAGAAAAAGCUUUACAGUUUUUUACAGAGUAA